AUGGAUACGGUUAUUCCGACCAACGCUGACGGUGAGGAUGCUGUUGGAAAUGUUAGAAUUUCGUGUUCGUCGGAUUGCCAGGUGAAUUCAAAUUCAUUUGCUGACAAAACCGUGCCCAAGCGAAGCCGAAAAGUGAAAAAUGAUGCGUCAAAUGCAUCGCCACCCUCACCAUCACCAUUAGGACAAAGUGAUACGGAAGCGAGCGAUUACGACGAGAAUCCCGCUGAGAGUGACACUGAACUCAGUGGAUCGGCUCAAUACGUCAGGCUGAACGAGGAACAACAUGUAGAGGCGGUGGUGAUAUUGAAGAAUAGAUUCACAAAGGAUGAUCUGGGGGGAUCGGGUGAGAUGGAGGCAUUUUUGAAGAGUAACGGGAAGCUGAAAUUCAAUUUGAAACCGGAAAAGUUGGGGAGUAUAACAGGAUAUAGCGAUGCGACGGAUGGAAGAGGAAUUCCGCGCAAAUCUAGCCUACGGAGAAAUUCUUUGUUUAGUAAUCAAUCGGAUCUGGAGAAGCAACUGGUUAUGGAGAGGCCCAAGCCUGUCCCGGAGCCGGUAGGAAUGUACGACGUUCCCAAAAGAAUUCUGUUGCCAAUGUUCAGUGAGGACCAGGAUUUCGUGGAUUUGAACAACUUCGGCGACAAAAAAACACCGCUGAAAUUCGACGAAAUACUUACCAUGUACGACCAGUUCCCAACGGACUUUCUUCCCAGUAAGUACAAGUGUGGCAUCUGCAAAAAGUUGUGCCACGAGCCACGAGUGCUGGAUUGUCUGCACACCUUCUGUAAACGAUGUUUGAUAGAACUGGAGGCAAACUCGCACAGCGGAAGCAACCUAUUCUGGCGGCGGAUUAACGAGUGUGCCAACUUUGACUGGGACUGUAAGCCCGAGGGCUGCGAGCUCGGAGGUAAAGGUGAUGCCACCGAUGAAAGCGGAGAAAAUGAAAAGCACCCAGCUGCGGUUGCUGCAGCACAUGAGCCCUCACGUGCCAUCAAUUGUGCUGCUAAUCAUGGAGCUUUCAGCGGGGAAUCACGUUUUGAUCAGAUUAGAGCGUCUUUUCAGAACUUCAAGGAGAAAAACUGUUUGAAGUCACCAUCGAAAGAGAAGGCAAAUUAUCAAUUUCAGGCAAGAGAAAAAGCGAAGCUCACUGCCAAAAUGGUGUACUCCGAUAAGGAAAAGGACUUGCUUUGUCCCAGCUGUGGCGUGGCAACGGAGCUGCCACUGGGGGGCGUAAAUCGUUUGCCGCCGCAUUUUGUGAUGGCGCGUAAAAUUGAGGACAUCGUUUCGGCCUGUGGGAAUCCACCGCCGAAUAUUUUUUGCGAGCUGUGUUCCCACGAAGUGACGGCAACGUCGUCCUGCCAGACGUGCUCGCUAAAACUGUGCAACUUUUGCAAGGAAGCCCACCAGCGGCAGCGCAACACGUCCACCCACAUGGUCCGUACGCUAGGUGAACUGUUAAAAAAGUCCCACCGGAAUGAUCCGCAGACACGCUCGAUUAAGUGUCCCAUGCAUCCGGAACAUCAAUUAAAAUUAUUCUGCACCACUUGCCACCAAGUGAUAUGCAAUGAGUGCACGGCGUUCAUUCACCGGGACCAUAAAUACACGUCGGCGUCAAAGGCGGGCAAGGUCUACUGCAAGUUUGUGAAGAAUGCCAUCGAGCAGACAAAACCGCUGGAGGACUACGCCAUGCAAUCGAUCGGACGGCUCAAUGACAUGUCGAUAAGGAUCAAUAGCAAGUGCGAAGCGGUCCAACGGGACGUGGAAGGGUAUGUGGACGAGUAUAUCGCUGCCCUGGAGGACCACCGGAAGACACUGGUGAAACAGAUUGGUGACGUGCGGGAGGCGAAGAUGGAAAUGAUUAUGGCACAGAAGGUGGAUCUAGAGCAACGCUCGCAGAACGCACGCACAGCGAUUGACUUUGCCGAGGAGAUCAUCAACGAGGGCAAUGAGAUAGAAAAUUUAGUUUUCGUCAGCAUCCUGCUGAAGCGCUUCGAGCAGUGCCUCCGUUCGAGCCGGGCGCUCGACUUCAAGGUGACGGACACGUUGGAGUUCCUGCCGGAGGAGAUGACGCCCUGUGCGCGGGUGCAGAACCGUAUUCCACUGUACGGGAUUAUUACGACUCAGAAGGCCGACCCGAGAAAGUGCUCGCUGGAGAAUUGUGCCGCUGAGCUUACGUGUCUCAAGGUGCACCGGAAGGUUGAGCUGUCGCUUGUCAGCAAAGAUUACGAGGGUAAACCGAUGAAUCACGGCGGUAUUAUGAUACAAACGGAUCUUCGCUACCGGGAUGACGAGGCUCGGACAAUUUCGCUCAAUGUGACCGAUAAUCGCAACGGGACGUACGGGUUGUCGUUUGUGCCGGAGCGGGCAGGUGUUAUGAGCCUGAUGGUUUCCGUUGAUGGGAAGCUUAUUGAGGGUUGUCCAUAUGUGCUGAGAAUUCAUAACUUACGACCGCACUAUGGCGUAUAUCAUUGCUGUUCGUUCUGCUCGAGCAACGGGUCCAAGUAUAGUACGUGUGCGUGUGGAAGCAUUAUGCCCGGUGGCUACAGGGGCUGCGGACAUGGUCACGAGGGACAUCCCGGGCAGCGCCACUGGUCAUGUUGUGCAAGCUUGCAGGAAUUUUCGGACUGUGCGAUGAAAAGGAGAAAGUAAAAAUGCGUAACAUAUGUUAGUGGUAGGUGCUACUUUACGGCUACUGUAAGCAAGAUGGGAACGGCAAAUAUAGAAUGAAAUAGAUUUUCUGCAGAUGAAGUAAGAUGAAGUGAAAAAAGUUCAAUUUUUGUUUUUUUUUUGUAGAAGCACAUAUGUUUACAUAUUUAUCACCCUAAGCACCGUAGCAAAAGUAGCCUUAACGGGCGACCCAUUUUUUAGGCACCUUCUGUAAAUUUACGUGAGACCGAGGAAUCCUUAAAAAAAAAACUAGAGAACGCAAGAACAUAUACCGGAGCAAAUUAACUACUAUAAUUCAUCUUGGCAUUAGAAUAGAAAUAAGUUCAUGUUUAAGGAAUAGUCAAAUAUUUGUAUCGUAAAUCAUGUUUCAAAUCUCCUUCUUCUUCUCUCCAUCCAUAAAAUUGUAAAUCUCCACUAACCUCGAGACGACCGCGAGUAUUCGGUUCAAUUCCUGUAAGUCUAGAUUUUAGGUUAAGAUUAAGUAUGUA